GAAGUCUUCAGUUGUGGAUUGAACGAGUUUAAGGGCGGAUUGCUAGCUAGAUAAGCGGGCAAAAUCUGUAUUUAAUAUCAGAUCUUGCCUUGCGAAUCUGUUCUGUUGCUAUUCCUGAGAGUUGUCGUCCCCGAUUCUGUUUCAAAAGUUUAUAUUCAGAUUCAGGAUUGAUUCAGGAUUAUGAAGACUGUUUUUUGAUUAUUUUUAACUUUAAAUUCUGUUUCAAAAGUUUAUUUUCUAAUCCAGAUUCAGGAUUGGUUCCUUCGAUUCUGGAAUAGGCCUAUGAAGACUUUUUGAUUCUUAUUUUUCCAACUUUAAAUUCUGUUUCAAAAGUUUAUUUUCUAAUCCAGAUUCAGGAUUUGGUUCCUUCGAUUCUGGUCUAUAGGUCUAUGAAGACUGUUUUUUGAUUCUUCUUUUUCUAACUUUAAAUUUGGUUCUUCGAUUAUGGUAUAUGAUAACUAUUUCAUGAUCCUUCUUUAGAAGUUUGUUUUCCGGAUCUGUUUCAAGUAUACACAUAAUAAUAUUUAGCUUCUUUUCUCUUUAAAAAUAAACUUUUUGUCAUAAUCAAUGGGGAACAAUCCAGGUGGUCUACAAAAACAGGAAACCAUGUUUGCGUAUGCAGUAUGAUAUUCUAGUCUUCAAAACGUAUCGUCUCCAAUAAUUGUUUUUCAAUAAUUCGCAUGAUGCUACGUCAAAGAGAGUGCAGUAUUUUUGAAGGCUUUUUUGACUGGAUGCAAGCUGCAUCUUCCUCUAUUUUUUCAUUCGUUCGCCGUCAAAAACGACCCAACUCGAUCUACAGGAACCACCCUGGCACCGACCUUCGCAACCACUUGACCCAACUGGGUCGCGACAAGAGGACGCCCUUCUACCAGAACGUGCAUGCAUUCGUCGAGUGCACCAAGGCGUCCAGCGAGCGAGACUCGGCCGUCAUCCUCGCCAACGUUCGCCAGUACAUGAAUGGCAUGAAGAACUUCCUCCGGGAAAGCGGUGGCAAACGGUUCAGACAGCUUGUCGAUGAUGCUAAGAGAAAAGACAGAUUGAUGGUAUUCGACCUGGACGCGAUACUGGAAAGCAUAGUGUACGAGUUUGUAGUGGAGCCACUGUUCGAUUUCCUGAUCGAAGCCCUGAGCAAUGACCACUACAACAAUGUCGUCGAUAUGAUCGAGAACUCCAAAGACAUUGCCAAGUUGUCGCUGCAUGAUUUCGGGCUUGAUGUGAGUAUACACAGUUACAAUUUAUAAACACAAUUAAUAAGAGUUUACUAUAAUCAAAACAGAGAAAUCAAAUCAAAGAGAUUGAUAAUGGAUUAAACACU